AUGCCAACGCGGAAAACUUUGACAGUUUCCAAAUACUACAAGGAGCGUCAAUUGGCGAAGGAAAUCGAGGUAGCGCAGUCGCAAUUUGUCUAUGCCAACACUCGGGAUUUGUACUUUGGAUACGGCAGACACGCUUGCCCGGGACGGCUUUUUGCAGCAAACGAAAUCAAGAUUAUCAUGGUACGCCUGCUCUUGGAUUACGAGUUCAAGAUGCCGGGCGAUCAGACUAAGCGCUACGACUAG